AUGGGUACACAGUCUGACCCUAGGAAGUGGUGGCGACCAGUUUCAGAUUUUUGUACUCAAAAUCUUGAUGAUGGAGACUCAGAUGGUAUAUGUUCUGAGGGGGAGUUACACGAAUUGAAGUCAAAUGAUGAGUUUGAUGCUGGUAAAAAUAGUAAGAAUUCCCAAGAAUUCAACCCGAAAACCAAAAUGCAAAACUUCCAAUUUGUUCUUGGCAUGGAAUUUGCCACUGUUACAAUUUUAAGGAAUGCAAUAAGGGAGUACUUUAUUGAAGGUGGUCGAGAAUAUGUAUUUAUUGCCAAUGAUUCAAAUAGAGUUAGAGUUAAGUGCAAGGGUGCAAAUUGUGAGUGGAUGUUGUUUGCUUCAAUAGUUAACAAGAUAGAUGGCAAAACAAUGAGGGCCAAAACACUUGUUGACAAGCAUAGUUGUGGCAUUGCUUUGGACAAUAAAAAGCUGACCUCAACUUGGCUUGCAAAGCACUUUUUGGAGCAAUUUAGGCUAAAUCCGAGUAUGGAAUACAAUGUAUUUAGGGAGAUAACUGCAAAGACCAAGUACUCACGUGUGUCUAGCUGGACAUUUUACAGGGCCAAGACAAAAGCAAGGAAGAUGUUGGAUGGGUCUGUCAAGGAACAAUACGCCAUUCUUGAUGACUACUGUAAAAGGUUGUUGGCUACCAAUCCUGGCUCUACUGUGAAGUUGAAAACUGAUUUGGUUAAUGGGAGAAGGCAAUUUCAGCGUAUUUAUAUUUGUUUUAAGGCAUGUAGAGAUGGCUGGUUGGGGGGUUGUAGACCUCUAAUUGAUCUUGAUGACUGUUUUUUAAAAGGAUAUUGUAAGGGCAUUUUAUUGGCUGCAGUAGGCAUUGACGGUAAUAACUCCAUGUUUCCCAUUGCCUAUUGUGUUGCUGAAAAGGAAAACACUAAGGUUUGGACUUGGUUCUUGGAGCUAUUGAAGGCUGAUAUUGGGAGUUUGAGUCCCACCAAGGUGACAAUGAUGAGUGAUCGUCAAAAAGGAUUAGAAAAUGCAGUGGGAGCCAUCUUUAGUGGGUGUGAGGUGAGGUUUUGUGUUAGACAUCUUCAUGCUAACUUUAAAAAGGAAUAUCCUGGACUUUUACUUAAGUAA